GCGUUUGACAGUUUGCUGUCUCAUAUUGUGGGCAGGGCGUUGUUUACAUUCCACUAGUGAUUAAGUGUAUCAAACUUUUAAGCUAAAUUCCAAGUGCCUUACAGAAUGAAUCAACUGAAAUCGAUUCUCGCUGUGCUAUUUUUCUUUGUAACGUUCAAGCGAAGUACUGCAAUUUGGUGCUACCGCUGUACUUCGGCCACACCCGGAUGCGGAGAUGACUUCAACUGGCGUGGAAUAGGUUACCUGGGUGAUCCCUGCCCCGAGGAUGAUGACAUCUGCGUCAAGGUGAUUGAGAGGAAGGGCGUGGUGGAAACCGUCACGCGGGAGUGUUUGAGUGCACUACAGGGUUUCCGGACGGACAUCCCGGCGGACAAGUACGAGGGCUGUCGCCCAGCCGCCAAGGAUGAACAGUUGGCCCAUUACGUGAACAACUCCAUCAAGGAGCUGGAUGUUAAGAGGGACCACUUCCCGCAGACAAUGUUCUGCUUUUGCUUCCUGGAUCAUCGGUGCAACGGAGCGAUUGGCUUGAGCAACGAUUCUUUGUGGAAGAUGGCCCUUGGAGCGGUGGCUGUGGCAGCUAUUAUCCGACGGUUGGCAAUGUAGAUUGUGGGAAAUGGGAAGGCGUGAAGAUUAGAAGGGUAAGCAACCAUUCCGUCCGUUUUAUACAGCAAACGAAGAAAGUAUUGGAUUGUAUGAUUUUUUUGUAAGUAUCACAUUUUUUCAUAUUUUACUGACUAAGGUAAACUCAGUUCGAAGUAUGACGAUAUUUUUAAGUGAACACGUAUUAAUAAAUCGUCUCAAUUUUAUACU